AUGCAUCUGUUAAUUAUCUUCUCCUUAAUUGUCUUCGCCGUCAGCGCAGCUCAGAUUCCAUCCAGGAGCUACAUACCCCAGUCUCAAGGUGGAUAUGGAGGCCAGGGUGGCUACCAGGGCUCGUCAUUUGGAGGUAGCGGCGGCGAUGGCAAUAGAAGACCUCAGCAGGAUGCGGAGAAGAAUGCUGCAACGUUGAAACAGGACCAGGAUGUUGGUGAAGAUGGAAGCUACCACUUCGGCUUCGAAACCUCAAACGGCAUCCGAGCUGAAGAAGCAGGGAACCCCGCACAGGCUCAAGGCGGGUUCUCCUACAAAGGUGACGAUGGCAUCACAUAUACAGUGACCUAUACCUCAGGAGAAGGUGGCUUCAGACCCCAGGGUGAACAUCUGCCGGUACCACCUCCGACUCCUGAAGCUAUUCUUGAAGCUUUGAGGAAGAAUGAGCAGGAUGAGGCUGCUGGCAUUUUUGAUGAUGGAAAAUACCACCCAGAACAGCAUGGAGGUGGUAAAAACGGCGGUUUCGGGUCCGCAAAUCAUCAGGGUGGUUUCAACGCUAACAGCGGUUACCGGUACUGAUUCUAUGGACUGAAAUAAUGUUACUUGUCAAUAUAAGAGCUUUUUGGAAGUCAUGGAAUGUAU